UAGGGUGGGACUGAGUGCACCUAAAGCCAGCUCCCAGACAAUAUAAAUAGCAAUGGAUUGAAAGAGCAGUGGGAGUUUUCUGCAGCGUGAAAAGUGCAAGAGAAAGCAGCCAGAGUCAUCAGUACGGCUGAUCACAGGGUUUUAAGCUAUUUAAAGGGAGAUUAACUGGAGAACAUGAGGAAUUUAUACAUCAACCUGAUUCUCUUAUUCAUCGCCAGUCACGUGACGGUGAAAAACGCCACUGAUUUACCGACAGGAGUGAACAUGACCAUUACAGAAAACGUGAAAGAUCAGGUGUCGGUGUCAGAGAUAAAAUCAAGGAGGAAGCGAUAUAUUUCUCAGAGCGAUAUGUUGACCAUCGUCGAUUAUCACAAUCAGGUGCGAGCUCGAGUGUUUCCUCCAGCAGCCAACAUGGAGUACAUGGUGUGGGAUGAGUCUCUGGCACGUUCAGCUGAGUCCUGGGCUGCAACCUGUAUCUGGGAUCAUGGGCCUCCAUAUCUGCUUCGAUACCUCGGCCAAAACCUCUCCGUCCGCACGGGCAAUUACCGGUCAAUCCUGCAGCUGGUGAAACCCUGGUAUGAUGAGGUGAAGGAUUACGCAUUCCCGUACCCACAGGAUUGCCACCCUACCUGCCCAAUGCGCUGUUAUGGACCCAUGUGCACACAUUAUACACAGAUGGUGUGGGGGACCACAAACCGAGUGGGCUGUGCAAUUCAGGUGUGUUACAACAUGGUGGUGUGGGGAUCUGUGUGGAGACAAGCAACCUACCUGGUCUGUGAUUAUUCCCCAAAGGGGAACUGGGUGGGUGAGGCACCCUACAAACUGGGCGUGCCAUGUUCAGCGUGUCCUCCAAGCUACGGAGGAUCAUGUAGGAACAACAUGUGCUUCCCGUCACUAAAUUCCAACUUUGUGUACUGGUUUAAGUGAGCUGCCAUAGUACAGUAAACAUACAUGUGUGUACUCUUCAUGUCUUUUGAUAUAUACAGUUCAUUUUGUACAGCAGCAGGAGAAUUUAUAGGAAUUAUAUUUACACUUCCAGUAAUGGUGCUGAUGUUAUUCUAUAUGUAUGACUUUUUUAUUACUACAGAUCAUCAUAUUGAUGUUCUUAAUAGUGAAUGUGUGUAUUCCUUUAUGGACAAGGGUAGGUUUGACAUAUCUAUGAAUUAUUCAGUCUGUUACUGAUAGAUAGUUAGAGAUGAUUUCUGGAUCUACAUAUUCAGAUGUCACGAGCCACUAUCUGCCAUGUAAUAUAGUAUAUAAUCUCAGGCUGUGUAACUACAGCCUGUAGUGGUUGUGUUGUUCGAAAUUUGUGCAAUAAACACUGUUUGUGUGUUUUAAGUAAAAUAUCAUGUGACGUGGUGGUGUGAUGAUGCAAAGUUAGUGUCACCACCACGAAAGUGAUUAUUUUCCUAUAUCUGCAAUUAAGUGUUUUAUUCCUCUUAUACCAAAGCAAUUAGCCACCAAUUCCUCUUUUUUUAAAUGAAUGACAUUGUAUUUUUUGUUUAUCGUUACAUUUAAUAUUAUGCAAUGUACACAGAAUAAGUUAGUUCCAGUUCUCAUUACAUUAUAACAGCUAUAAGCAGUCCUUCUCUCAGCAUCCUGCCUUUCACCAAAAGUGACACUUGCCAUGUUAUAGAGAAAAACAUUUUGUCUGACUAUAUGCUGCAGUAUUUGAGUUACUGCUCCUGAGAAAUGGUACAUCAGUGCUCAACCAGGUUAAACAUCAGGUCUACACACACACACACACACACACACACACACACACACACACACACACACACACACACACACACACACUGUUAUUUUAAAGGUGAGUUUUGAUUCCAUUAUUUAUUAUCAAUAUAAUUUAGUGCUCUUUGUUGAGUGAAGCAUUUUCCUCUUCUUGCUCUGUAUAUCAAACAUUCAGGAAAAAACAGCCUCUUCUUUCAGGGUUUUUAAAUCACUGAUAUACAGCGCCAUCAUCUGGACAGGAAGUACACUGCUUUAAAUGUGUGACAUUCUGGUGCUGGUGGUUCAUACACACACAUUCAGAUGCUCAGUAGACUCAUCACUUGGCUGGACUACACUGAAGAUGUAUAUAUUUUUGUACCCUUGUAUGAUUUAGAUUUUGUACUCAAUAAAGAGGUGCUGUAUUCUAUAAAAACCUCA